CUCCCUGUUCAUGCAGUCCUCUAUCUCGUUAUCACGCCCACUCCUCCCACUAGCCCGCAAUGUCCACGCUCUGAUAAGUCGCCGGCCUGUUCCUGAGAACUUCAGUGCUUCUCAAAUAUCGGCGCUCUGUAUGCCGCCAUACGGAGCCGGGCUAUCCUCCGCACUGCUCCUCCUCCUCGACUCUUGUCCUCAGGCUCAGUCUUUCUAGCGCAGGAUGUCCCAGCCUGUGCGAGCGGAGGCAGUCACUGCUGUCCAGGACGUGGUGGAGGUGAACAAUCUCAGCAAGGUCCCGGAUACGGAGGUUGAGGUAGCAGAUGUCGCGCCAAUGAAGAGAGAAGAGCCUGUGGUCACUCGGAGGGAACUGUGGAGUUACUACUGUAUGUUAAAGUCUGGUCGUACACGGUACUCCAUGACGCUCUUUCAGAAUCUGGCAACUUCUGCUGGCUGGGACCCUUCGCAAGGCCCCGGAUCCACAUGCACCACCUCUGAGCAAUGUGUCCUCCCGUGGGGAAGUGGUACUAAGUCGGUCAGCUCCAUCGUGCUCGUCGCAAACGGUCUCAGUUUUGCGAUCAUGACCCUCAUAUUCACUACGAUCGGCUCGGCAGCGGACUACGGUACAUUCGGACGCUGGUUACUGCUCGCCAUCACUGUCAUCUGCUGGGCUGCCCAGUUCGCUAGCAUGGCUCUGACGGAGCCGUCUCGCUGGGGAGCCGCAAUGGCGAUAUACAUCAUCUCCUUCGUCUCAUACGGUGCUACCCUUGUUUUCUACGCUGCAGCAUUCCCGCGGCUUGCGCGUAACACUCCGCAUGCCCGCCAUCUGCGCGACAAGCUCGAGAACCAGGAGGUCUCUCGGGAGGAGUACGAGCGUGAAGAGAGCUUAGAGAAGAACCGGGUCAGCAAUCUCAGCACGUGGCAUAGCAAUAUUGGGUACAUCUUUGUCCUAUGCCUCAAUUUGUCGAUUCUGCUACCGCUCGCGAACAAUGCUCUCGUCGACAACUACACGAUGGUCCUGACGAAUAUGUAUUGGAUCAUACUCGGUAUAUGGUGGUAUUUUGUCUUAACCUGCCGCAGUCAUUUUCCAGCAGCCUCGACCUGGCCUCCGCUCCCCAAAGGCGAGCACUACCUGACUAUCGGGUGGAAGCAAAUCUGGAUAGCUCUGAGACAGUGGAAGAAGCUGCCGUACACCUUCAUCUACCUCUUCGCGUUCUUCUUGCUCUCUGACGGUCUGAACACCACGGGAACGCUCAUCUCCAUCUUUUCCUUCCUCAAGAAUACGUACCUCGGCCUCGCGCAGGCCUUCACUUCCACUGCCAGCACAAUCGGGUUCUGGUGGAUUCAGAAGUAUUGGAAGAUCCCCACGAAGAAGAUGUUUGUAGUCACAAACGUGGUCACAAUCCUAAUCCCGUUGUGGGGUAUGAUCGGGUUGUGGACAACUAAGUUCGGGUUCCAUCAGGUCUGGGAGUAUUGGGCAUACAACGUUGUAUUCGGCCUGUUCCAGGCUCCGUAUUACGCGUUCUCACAAACCAUGAUGGCAGAGCUCGCACCGCCCGGGUUUGACAACAUGCGUUGCUUGGGAACGCAAGUUUUCGGACUGUUUGGCCUGUCGAACCGCGCGUCGUCGAUGAUCGGCCCGAACGUCAUCCAGGCGAUCAUCAACAACACACAGAACAACUGGAAAGGCUUCCCGUUCCUCUUCGCGCUGUGCACCGCAGCGAGCGUGGAUGUGGAGAAAGGCCGCCGAGACGCUGUCGCGUGGGCGGAUCGGAACCGGUCGUACGCGGAGACGGGGGUGUAUGUCGAGGAGGACGCCUCGCUAGACUCCAAAGACUAUGGAAAGAAGGCAUGAGGAGUGGAUCUUUUUUCGCGAGGAUCCCACGUGCGAGGAUCGUCGAAGUUCAUGAAGUGUUAUGACGUUGAAUGACGCUAGAGCAGGGAACGUACUACGCGAUACGUUGGCCGUAUUCUAGGAUGGAUGGCGCGACACGACGGUGUCCAGGUCGGACAGGGGCAAAAUGAACACUGACCACACUACCGAGGACAUGCCUCGUAAACGAGAGGCUGCUCGAAUUCAAUUGACGCACGGAUAAAGCAUUGCUCUCCAAGAAGGCUUAAGUGGUUUCUCCCGAGACUAUUUAGACGUGUUGCCGAUGGUUAGUUUGCCUACCGCUGCGUCAACAUUGCUGCUUCGGCAGCAGAGGUUCUCGCACCAUGGUUGGU